AUGUACUAUCUGCUUCCAAAUGAAAAAGAAUUCACACCAAGCAAAAAACUUAAAGUAACCACUGAAAUUGAAGAAUUUAACUUUAAAAAAAUUAAGAGAACAAAAAUCAAACAAAUGAAACAACCUGAAAAACUAGCUAUUGAACAAAGUGAAAAUAUAAAAUACCUCGCUGAAGCAAUAAAAAUCUAUCAAAAACUAAAUAACACACUUCACCUUGAAAAUACUGAAUUAAAAAGAAAAUUUGAAGAAUACCGAGAACAUGAUUACUUAACAAGACUUAAACAAAUAACAAUUUGGAGAAACCAAGCUGUAGCAGAAUUCAUAAUAUUAGAACAAGAAUAUCCUGAAAAAUUUUUGAUAAAUUAUAUAAAGAAUACCUUAGUAACCUUAGAAAUAAUUCACCCUGAAAAAUGA